UGUCAAUCACCCAGUAAGCGACCAAUCGCAAAGCGUGUGUGUGCUGACGUCAUUAGAGCAUAUUUUCGCUCAGCGCUGGUGAAUAUCUAGGAGGAACAGUUUGUGUUGAGCCACAGUCAGCUAUAGCCACGGUUGUGACAUAUCUCCUGUGAGAUUCGAUCACCAAGGCGUGUGGGAGACGUCUAAGGAACUGUCAAUAACGUCAGUAGAGAAUACAAAUCUGCCUCCUCUUCGAUUUUGAUUGGAUCUCGCCGCGCUCGGCAACUUCCUGGCAUAUUAGCAUAUCCUCCAGCCUCUCCGUACCAGAAGAGGUCUCAGCCGGUGUAAGCACCACACUGUCAGCAUGGUUGAUGCGGCGAAGACAAACCUCACCAUCAGCGAGAUCUGGGACACGUACGGCGACUACGGGCCCGCCGUCGUCAUAGACGGCAAGACCGGCGAAGACAACUGUAGCUACAAGAUCAGCGAAGACUAUCUUGCCUACAACCGGGGGGACUCCCUCGCGGCAAGCAUCUUCGUCGGCACGAUCUACGUCGCGACUAUCGUGACAUGCGGCAUCGGGAACAUCCUCCUCAUGGCAACCAUCAUCAUGUACAAGAAGAUGCGCACAGUCACCAACGCCCUCAUCGCAAACCUCGCCUUCUCGGACUUCAUCGUGUCAGUCGUAUGUGUCCCCUUCAUCAUCGACUACUACGUGGUUCGCGCCGAGAGGCCGUGGUUCUAUGGGGACACCAUCUGUGCGGUCAUCAACUACCUGCGGAUGGCGUCUCUGUACGUGUCCACCAACUCGCUACUGCUCAUCGCCGUGCACAGGUACAGAACGAUGUUUACUCAUCUGCCGAACCAAGACACCAGCGGGUCCAAGAAGUUCCUGGUGGUUCAGAUCCUGCUGGUGUGGCUGGUGUCCCUCCUGCUGGCUGUCCCCGCCGCCGUGUACUCCAGAGCCUUCCCCUACACCGCCACGGGCUCCAACUUCUGCGGACAGAUCUGGCCGGCUCGCCUGGAACCCAUGUACAAGGCCUACUACAUGCUACUAUUCUUGCUGGAAUUCGUCCUGCCCGUCAUCAUCAUGUGCUUCUGCUACAUCCGCAUCGCCCUCCACAUCUGGUACCGCCCUCAGACCGGCCAGGUGGGGCACCUCCCGCCGGAGAGACAACACCACCGCGAGAAGGUCAUCCAGCUCCUCAUCGUCACCCUCCUGUGCUUCAUCGUGUGCUGGCUACCGUACCACGUCUACGCCAUCGUCCGCGACUUCGCUCCGCAUCUUCUGCUGGUCUCCCGCUACAACACCACGCUGUUCUUCAUUGUAGAGGCUCUGGGGAUGGCGCAGGGGAUGGUCAAUACCAUCAUCUACAUCGGGAUGAACAGCGCCGUGAGACAGCACAUGAAACAGCUCUUCGUCGACCUGAAGAAUCGCCGCAUCACCAACAACCCCCACAGUGGUCCCCAUUGACUGGCACGCCACGUGGUGACAAUCGUAGUCCUCGUCAUCUGCCACAGGGCUUGGCAGAACUGGAACGUGCCAACAUGGACACCCUGAAGCGAGCAGGUUGUUCGGACAUUUAUAUCUUGGAAGAAAGAAUUACACUAACAAUUCAGAGCUGAAAAAUUGCUAGAGGGGUUUGUGAUUGAUUUCCAUACGAUGGGGCCGGGCUGAAUUGCUGCAGAAACAUGUACUCUACAAUUUACAGCAAUAUCUAUUGGGUAAUGACGUUGAAAGUAUGUCGGUAGAGAUUUCAAUGAUCAUGGCAUAUCAGUCGGGCAAAAUCAUCAAUUUUACUAGUAGAGAUCCCGACUGGAGCUUAUGCAAUUUGGAUACAUCAUUUAAAACAGUAGAGGGUUAACCAUAACUUCGAUUGAAGUUUUUAAGAUCAAUGCAUUGGAUUGAAGUUUAGGAUUUACAAGUGGGAGCCCACCAAAUACAUACGUGGCAUCUCUUAGACAGUAUCUCUUCCAGUAGGAUUGACAAUUCUGCCAGAUCGCAAUCUCUACCGUACAUAUAUACACAAAUACACAUAUAUAUAAAUAUAUAUAUACUGGCAUAUCUAUUAUAAAACUCUAAACCAUAAAGAAGUAGCAGGCCAACUUGUUUCUAUACAUAACAUGUGCAAGUUAUGCUAAGAACACUUGAAUGCACAGGCCUCCAUUGAUUGUUUUCACCAUUUGAGCAACCACAAAUCACUGAUUUUACAUCGUCGAAGGAAAUUGAGAAAUAAUUCUAAUAUCUAGUCGGAGAUCAUUGAGAUACUAUAUGACUCAUUGAGAGAACACCGUGUGAUCUGUCAUGUGCUGGGUCGCUCGAAGAUCUCAUCUAUCCACUAUGUAACGCAACCUUCUGUGAAGAGUGGAGCUGCUGGGAACUACAUCUUACUACACAAAAUGUAAUCUUUACGCACGCAUAAAGCAUACGUAAAGUUAUGCAUUUCAAGGUUUAAAAAAAUCAACUUAAAAAAAAUCAAAUUUACGCACACUUUAAGGCGCUUAAAAUUUUUAUUUCGUGCAGUUUUUAGACGAAAU